AUGGCGAUCAAACACAACCAGAUGAUCCCGCACAACCAUUUCCGAAAGGAUUGGCAGCGGCGGGUUCGCGUUCACUUCGACCAGCCUGGCCGAAAGCUCAGACGCCGCAAUGCGCGUCUCGCAAAGGCAUCAGCAGUUGCACCCCGACCGGUUGACAAGCUGAGACCCAUCGUUCGAUGCCCAACAAUCAAGUACAACCGCCGUGUACGGGCUGGACGUGGUUUCACCAUUGCCGAGUUGAAGGAAGCCGGUAUCCCCCGCAAGCUCGCUCCCACGAUCGGUAUCUCCGUUGAUCACCGCCGCCAAAACCUCUCCCAAGAAUCGCUCGCCAUCAAUGUCCAGCGCCUAAAGGAAUACCGUGCCCGUCUUAUUCUCUUCCCUCGCAAACUUGGCCAGCACAAGACCGGCGAUGCUACCAAGGAGGAAGUUUCCAAGGUUAAGGACACUGUCACAAGCCUCAAGCGAACCCUUCCUAUUACCGGCGUCGAGGCAGGAUUCAGCGAGAUCAAGAAGGAUGAUGCCCCAGAGGCCGUUGAGGGUGGUGCUUAUAGAAAGCUCAGAGAUGCGAGAAGCGCGGCGAGAUACGUCGGUGUUCGGGAGAAGCGCGCGAGGGAGAGGGCUGAUGAGGCGGCCGCUGCAAAGAAAUAA